AAAAACUCUCUUUCUUUCUUUGCCUUUUGCUUUACCAAGGUCAGCAACCCAUCUAACUGUCCAAGUUCCUCAGCCAGGCCUCAAACCCUCACCCCCUUUGACAUGGAAAUGCCAUUGCUUUUUUCUUCUUUUACUCAGCUAGGGUUACGUGUGUUUUCACUUUCUUUUUUGAUUAAAGUGCAAAAACAGCAAACAAAAUCCUUGAGCUUUGUUUAGUUCACGGGGACGGCCCAACCCAGAAUCCAAUGCACUCUUUCUAUCUCUCUCCCUGUUACCCUAUACUAAGCCUGUCUAGUAGACUUGCCAGUAGAUGAGUAGAGCCAGAGUCAACUUAGUAGAUUUUCUUUUGCUUUUAUCUUUUUUUUUUCCCUCUCUCUCUCCACCCGUGUGUGUGAGUGUGAGGCUUCACUUUCACUUUUGUUUUUGCAUAUGCAUAAAGCUUAGCUUUGCUUUGCUCCGCUCGCUCUUCUGUCUAUAGUGUCAACGCUAACAAAAAGAGCAACCCCAGGAAGUUUCCUACCUCCCUUCCUCCUCCUGUAAAACCCUUUUACUUUGCUCUCUAUGCUGUUGCUUUCCCUUUUGUUUUGUGUUUGGGCUGUUUCAACUUGUCCCUCUUUAAAUCCCCCGGAGCCCCACUAAGCUUCACUUAACGCUCUUGCACCCCGCAGUCUCUUACACUCUCAAGGCUUCCCCUUCAGCUUCCUUACACCAGUUAGUUUCUGAAAUAAUCUGCCCAUGGAGAAUGCUAAUGGCUGGGCUUCAAGGCCAUCUAGAAAGAGGAAGUUGCCUGAAGAAGGCAAUGAUAUGUUGAACUUCUCCUUGGAUGAGCUCAAUGAAGACCUCCUAGAAAGGGUCCUUUCAUGGUUACCGACCUCAGCGUUCUUUCGCCUCAGUUCAGUGUGCAAGAGAUGGAAAUCAUUUGCAGCUUCUGAAAGUUUUAAGCUAGCAUGCUCUCGGAUUCCUUCACGGGAGCCUUGGUUUUUCAUGGUGGAUCCCAAUCUUAAUCAAUCCGUUGUCUUUGACUCUGCUGAAAAAGCUUGGAAAAAACUCAAUCAUCCGCCUCUCCUCUUGCGUAACUGUAACUGUGACUCCAUUCCAGUUGCAGCAUCCGGUGGUCUUGUCUGUUUCCGCAAUAUGUCUGGCGAUUACAUUGUAUGCAAUCCUGUGACAGGAUCUUGUCGCGAACUCCCUCCAGUGGAUCCAGACUCUCCAGAUCGAUCUCUUCAUGCUAUUGCAAUGGAUGCAUAUUCCAACUACCAUGGCUCAUACAAGCUUGUCUUAGUCUCUGGUGAUCUUCCAAAGCUUUCAUUCAAAGUUUAUAACUCAAGUGCUGAUUGCUGGGAAGAAGAGAUUAUGUUGAGGAGAAAAGCUGAUGAUUGUACAGAAUUCGACUCAGCCGAUGAUGAUGCUGUGUACUUCCUUAGUAAUGCUGGAAAUGUAGUGGCAACUAACACGCAGAGAAGCCCAUCCAAGCAGUAUUCAUCAGUCAUUACUCUUAAAGAUGGUGAGGAGAUUGUUUAUUUCCUCAGCUCCUCAGGAACAGUUGUGGCUUGCAAUCUGACCCGCAAGUAUUUCUCUGAAUAUCCCAGACUGUUGCCCGUCUUUUCUGAGUACUCCAUUGAUGUGGUGGAGUGUAGAGGAGAGAUGUUGGUUGUUGUGUUAUCAGAAUUUUUUGAAAGUGCUAGCCUUAGGGUGUGGAGGUUUGAUGAGAAAGCCAAGUCUUGGAAUCAGAUUGCAGCAAUGCCUCCUUCGAUGUCACACGAGUUUUAUGGCAAGAAGGUGGACGUAAACUGUGUUGGGGCUGGUGAUCAGAUAUUUAUCUGCUUAAGCUCUGCUGAGCUUUGCAGUUAUGUUCUCUGUGAUUUGGUGGAUAAUAACUGGGUUGAACUACCCAAAUGUUCUAUGAACGGUGAAGCCCUGGAGUUCAUGUCUGCUUUUUCAUUCGAGCCAAGGAUUGAAGCUUCUGUAUGAAAAACAAGUUGUGAAGUGAGCUAUGUUUAGAAGGAUUGAGAAUGCAGUCUGUGAUUCCUCCUUUUAUUCUUUUCAAAUAUUUUUUUCUCAUUUUUCUUUGCUUCAUUUAUUCUGUUUCUUCCUGUAUUCUUUUCGUAUUGAUUUGUUUAAGCAAAUUAGCCACAGAUGUUGGCACAAUCAUAUUGCUGUUAUUGCAAUGGAAUUUGCUGGAUGUAUUAUUGAGAUAAUGUAAUUAGACUAUUGGUUGACAAA